GAAAGCAGCAUGUCUGGUGAAUGGAGUAAUGGUCUUUUCGGGUGCUUCAGCAACUGUGGAGUUUGCAUCAUCUCUUGGUUGGUACCUUGCUACACCGUCGGGAAAGUAGCAGAAUCCGUCGGCGAUAACUGUCUUCUCUGUGGACUCGCGUUCUUCGUCCCUUUUGCUAAUUUGUUCUUUGGCGCUCAGAUCCGUGGAAAAGUCAGGGAGCAAAAGGGGAUCGAUGGAGGUUUCAUAACAGACUUAUUAGCGUAUUGGUGUUGUACGUGCUGUACAAUCAUACAGAUGGCAAAUGAGACUAACGCCAUGGGACAAGCACAGAGCAUGGACAGGGAGUAAUAUACAUCUUAUACUAAAAACUUGUCUCCUUUAAUGGUGAUACAAACAAUUCAUUAAACGCAUUCGGAAUUCCACAGGGCAACCUCUAACAUAUGUUACAGAGACCUUAUUCUAUAUAUGGAACAGUAUGCAUGGAGAUAAUUAAAACACUGCCUGUUGCUGAACUGUUUUAACUGUUACUAGCGAUAAUACUGCAGUAUAUGCGAUGGAUGCUUCCCGAUACGGUAAAUUAGGAAUUGCAAAUACUGUAUGAUGGAAAUGCCCAUUACUUGCGAGUGAUUCGACACUGUAAAUGAUGGAUUCCUCCAUUCAUACGGUAUGUGUGAAGAUUUGGCGCCCUGUUACAUUUACAUUUAUGCAGAGUUCAUGGCUCACAGCGAAAUUCGAGAUGGAUGUUGCUGUUGCAGCUGUGUUUGGCCAUAAUGUAUACAUGUAUGCUAUAGCGUUCACCAUCCAACGCUGCAAGGGUGAAAUGGUGUAAGGGUUGGAAAAUGACAGUAACGUGCCUAGUGAUCUGUACAACAUUUAAGCCCGAUUACGAUAUUAUGCCGAUGCAUUUGCAUUUAUGUAAAAUGGCUUCGUAGUGCCAAUGAAAAACAUAGUUCGAGGUGGUUUAACAGUUGAAGGCAUUCAUGUGCAGAGAUAGCGAUGAACGCCCACUUAAAUCCUCUCAAUAACUAUCGAAACCGAGACUACAUCAUCUAACUAUGCAGGGC